GUCCAUCGCUUAACCCCAUUCGGAAGCCGACGCCAAGAGUUCGCUUAGAUCAGCCCACAAUUCGUUAAGCGUGCAAAAUACGACUUCCGCCAAAUUCAGAGAUAGACACUCUCACUCACCACUUCGACGACUAACGACAACAGGGUCAAGAUGAGUCACCGGAAGUACGAAGCGCCUCGGCACGGCUCCCUCGCCUACUUGCCUCGCAAGCGCGCCGCCAGACACCGUGGAAAGGUCAAGAGCUUCCCCAAGGAUGACCCCAAGAAGCCCGUCCACUUGACCGCCUCCAUGGGUUACAAGGCCGGUAUGACCACUGUUGUCCGUGACCUCGACCGCCCCGGUGCCAAGAUGCACAAGAAGGAGAUUGUUGAGGCUGCUACUGUUAUCGAGACUCCUCCUCUUGUCGCUGUCGGUGUUGUCGGUUACAUCGAGACUCCCCGUGGUCUCCGCUCUCUCACCACCGUCUGGGCUGAGCACUUGAGCGACGAGGUCAAGCGUCGCUUCUACAAGAACUGGUACAAGAGCAAGAAGAAGGCUUUCACCAAGUACACCAAGAAGCACGCCGAGGAGAGCGGUGCCUCCAUCACCCGCGAGCUCGAGCGCGUCAAGAAGUACUGCACUGUCGUCCGUGUCCUCGCCCACACUCAGAUCCGCAAGACCCCUCUCAAGCAGAAGAAGGCCCACCUUAUGGAGAUCCAGGUCAACGGUGGCUCCGUUGCCGACAAGGUUGACUUCGCCCGCAACCUGUUCGAGAAGCCCAUUGAGAUCGACAGCAUCUUCGAGAAGGACGAGAUGAUCGAUGUCAUUGCCGUCACCAAGGGUCACGGUUUCCAGGGUGUCACCAGCCGUUGGGGCACCAAGAAGCUUCCCCGUAAGACUCACAAGGGUCUGCGUAAGGUCGCUUGUAUCGGUGCCUGGCACCCUAGCCACGUCCAGUGGACUGUUGCCCGUGCCGGUCAGAUGGGUUACCACCACCGUACCUCUUGCAACCACAAGGUCUUCCGUGUUGGCAAGGGCUCCGAUGAGGGUAACGCCUCCACCGAGUUCGAUAUCUCCAAGAAGCAGAUCACUCCUCUUGGUGGUUUCGUCCGCUACGGUGAGGUCAAGAACGACUUCCUUCUCCUCAAGGGUUCCGUCCCUGGUGUUAAGAAGCGUGUCAUGACCCUCCGUAAGACCCUCUACCCCCAGACCAACCGCCGUGCCACCGAGAAGGUCGAGCUCAAGUGGAUCGACACCUCGUCCAAGUUCGGACACGGUGCUUUCCAGACCGCCGAGGAGAAGCGCGCCUUCCUGGGUACCCUCAAGAAGGACCUCGCUACCUCUGCUUAGGGUGUUUAGGGACAUUUCGGGAUGGAGUAGUGCGAAUUAUAUUUCCUUUCAAUAAAAAGCGAAUACCUUUCAAGUCUGCUCCCCUGACUGGAAAGUUAGUCGGGCCUUUCCCUCUGGUCUAGUUUACGUAGUCGGACGUCAACAUUAUGAGAAGUUAAUUCAUGCCCCAAAUUAUUG